GGGAAGUCUCGCGAGAAGACGCCGUGUGGGCCGGAAAGAUGGCGCCUCCCAGUCCCGCGGAGCCCAAGGCGCCGUCAGCGGCCAGUGCGACCGCGUCGGAAGCAGAGAUGGUGCUGCCGGGCUUUCGGGAUGCAGACAGCUUCGUGAAGUCUGCCCUGGGCUUGGUGGUGGCAGUCACCAAGGCGUCUGGGGGCCUGCCGCAGUCUGGUGACGAGUAUGACUUCUACCGGAGCUUCCCCGGCUUCCGGGCCUUCUGUGAGGCGCAGGGAGACCGGCUGCUGCAGUGCAUGAGCAGGGUCAUGCAGUACCACGGCUGUCGGAGCAGCAUCAGAGACCGGAGCAAGGUGACCGAGCUGGAGGACAAGCUGGACUUGCUGGUCGACGCCAAUGAUGUCAUCCUGGAGAGAGUGGGUAUCCUGCUGGACGAAGCAUCAGGUGUGAAUAAGAACCAGCAGCCUGUCCUCCCAACAGGACUACAGGUCCCCAAAACAGUGGUGUCCAGCUGGAACCGAAAGGCAGGAGAAUACAGUAAAAAAACAAAAUCUGAAACAUUCCGGCUGCUUCAUGCAAAGAACAUCAUCCGGCCUCAGCUUAAAUUCCGAGAGAAGAUCGACAAUUCCAACACCCCAUUUCUCCCCAAAAUCUUCAUCAAGCCCAAUGCUCAGAAGCCCUUACCUCAAGCACUCUCCAAGGAGAGACGGGAGCGCCCGGACCGUCCUGAGGACUUGGAUGUCCCCCCUGCGCUGGCCGACUUGAUCCAUCAGCAGAGAACCCAGCAGGUGGAGCAGGACAUGUUUGCACAUCCUUACCAGUAUGAGCUGGACCACUUUACUCCACCAGACUCCGUCCUCCAGAAACCGCAGCCCCAGUUGUACAGACCUGUGGAAGAAACACCUUGCCAUUUUGUGUCCUCUCUGGACAAACUAGUGGAACUCAAUGAAAAGCUGCUGAAGUGUCAAGAAUUUGCUGUGGAUUUGGAGCACCAUUCCUACAGGAGCUUCCUGGGGCUGACCUGCCUGAUGCAGCUCUCCACGCGCACCGAAGACUUCAUCGUAGACACCCUGGAGCUGCGCAGCGACAUGCACAUCCUCAACGAGAGCUUCACGGACCCUGCCAUUGUCAAGGUCUUCCAUGGUGCUGAUUCGGACAUAGAGUGGCUCCAGAAAGACUUUGGGCUGUAUGUGGUGAACAUGUUUGACACGCACCAAGCGGCACGACUCCUCAACCUGGGCAGGCACUCCCUCGACCACCUGCUGAGGCUCUACUGCGGGGUCGAGGCUGACAAGCAGUACCAGCUGGCGGACUGGAGGAUACGACCCCUCCCUGAAGAAAUGCUCAGCUACGCCAGAGAUGACACCCACUACCUGCUUUAUAUUUAUGACAAAAUGAGGCAGGAUCUGUGGGAGCGAGGCAACAGCCAGCCCGUGCAGGCUCAGGUGGUGUGGCAGCGGAGCAGAGACAUCUGCCUAAAGAAAUUUGUGAAACCCAUCUUCACGGAUGAGUCCUACCUUGAACUCUAUAAGAAGCAAAAGAAGCAUCUUAACACACAGCAGUUGGCAGCCUUUCAGCUGCUGUUUGCCUGGAGGGAUAAAACAGCUCGGCGGGAGGAUGAGAGUUAUGGAUACGUCCUGCCAAACCACAUGAUGCUUAAGAUCGCUGAAGAGCUGCCUAAGGAGCCUCAGGGCAUUAUAGCUUGCUGCAAUCCUAUUCCGCCUCUUGUCCGCCAGCAAAUCAAUGAAAUGCAUCUUCUAAUCCAGCAGGCUCGGGAGAUGCCUCUGCUGAAGUCUGAAGUCCCAACUGGAGUGAAGAAGAGUGGCCCAGUUCCCAAUCCGGAGAGAUUGGAGAACGUUCUCUUUGGACCCCAUGACUGCUCUCACACCCCACCAGACGGCCACCCUGUCCUCUCAGCCCCUGGGCCUGCGCCAGUGAGGAGACAGGCAAGCCUAUUCUCUGACCAGAGAGAAGAGGAGGAUCCACUGGGAAACAGAUGCCUCAUUGCCGCCGCUGUCAUCACGUUAUUUAACGAACCUAGCACGGAAGAAAAUGGAAAAGUUCCAUUAACCGUGGCACAGAAGAAAGCCCAGAACAUCAUGGAGUCCUUCGAAAACCCCUUUCGGAUGUUCCUGCCUUCACUCGAGCACCACGCACACAUCUCCCAGACAGCAAAGUUUGAUCCGUCGUCGAAAAUCUACGAAAUCAGUAACCGUUGGAAGCUGGCGAGCCAGGUCCAGGUACAAAGAGAAUCUAAGGAAACUGCCCAGAAGAAGGCCGCUGAGCAGACAGCUGCCCAGGACCAGGCGAAGGUGGAGCAGCAGGUGGAACCGCAAGUGGUGGCGGGGGAGCCAGUGUCCGUCCGCCAGCAGGCAGCCCUGGAAAAUGCCGCCAAGAAGAGGGAGUGGGCGCCGAGUGGCCUCGGAGGUGCCGAGCAAAAGCUGGAGAAGAAGCGGCCCAGAGUCUCCAAGACGCCCCGAGAGCCGGCUCCACCGCAGGAGGACUUCACCCCUUACGACUACAGCCAGUCGGAUUUCAAAGCGUUUGCUGGAAACAGCAAGUCCAAGCCGUCCUCCCAGUUUGACCCAAACAAACAGGCCCUGUCUGGCAAGAAAUGCCUCGCAGCCAAGAAGCUCAGACAGCCAACAGGAAACAAAAGCAUGUCCUUCCCAACGGGAAAGUCUGACAGAGGUUUCAGGCACCACUGGCCGAAGAGAUAGAGAGUGUUGGACGAGAUACUUGGGGCCCCCCGGUGGACCAGAAGCACCAGGCAGCGGCAGCACGGGCUUUGUACAGACUCAUUUUAAACUAUUAAAAAAAAUUCUUAUGAGAAGGAA